AUGUCUGAGGAGGAGCGGCAAGUGCGCCGGCGCGCACAGCUGCAUCAAAUCCUGCAUGAUCCAACGAUCAAGAGCAUUCACCUGCACUCCCCCGCACCCGUCAUCCCUCCGCCUCCCACGCCGACGCGGUUGAAUACGGUCCACUGGGCGAGCGAGGCCGCCAAGGCUACUGAGGGCGCGCGCACGGCGAGCAUCCACACGGCAUCUUCGUCAUCCCAUGCCCAGCCCUCGGCGUACGCGUACGCGCCGCCGACGUCGCCCUCUGUGCCGUACGCGGCCCCGCGGAUGCGCCCGCAUCAGGUGCGCACGACGUCGACGGACAGCCUGAAGACGAUGAAGAUAUUAGCGAGUGCGUCGAACCUGACGAGGAUGUUCCUCCAGCCUUCCACCUCUCCCUGGUAUGGCUACAUGAACGGUUGUCACGACCCCGGCCUCGUCCCUCUGCAGCACUUCUGGCAGUGCGAGUGUCCCGGCCCUUCAUCCGUAUCACAGCACCUCUAG